GGGGAAGAAAACGGUGUACACGCGCGGGUGAGAAUCACGGGCGACUCGGGGGAGAAACGAUCGCGGGAGUAUCAUGCGAGUGAGGCGUAUCGACGAUCGGAGGAAUUGUCACGAGGCAUCGCUGUCGCUGUCGAUAUCCGCACGGUCGGCCGCGCCAGUAUCGAUACCCGCGUCGCGCCGCUGCUCCUGAGGCAGGGCACGGAGAGACGGAGGUGGAAGGCGCAGUCGAUGACGCCGAUGACGCCGUGCCGCCGCGAGUCGCGCGUACGCAAAAUAUAACCUCUCUCCGGGCGCGUAGGAAGAUGCGCCAGCCCUCGUCGGCCCAACCGGAGUCACCGCUGUGCCGCGAAACCUGAUCCCGCCCCGGCUGACCGCGCCGCCCCCCGCCACGUCCAACGGUCCUCGUCCCCGCGAUCCGAGUCGGCCGCUCAACCAUGAAAGUGAUCGUGAAGAAGCUGCAGGGGAAAGAGUGCGUCGUUGACAUAUUACCGUCGGAGACAGUGCUGGAGUUGAAGCACAAAGUGAGCGAUCUCCUGGGCAUCGAUGUGCCGCAACAAAGAUUGUUGCUCACCGGCAAGACCUUGGCGGACGAGAAUCCGCUGAGCUUCUACCCAGGAAUCAAAGAUGGCAGUAAAUUAAAUCUCUUGGUGAUCAAGAAGGCGGAGGAGGGCUCCAGCGAGGCGAGAGCCUUGCCCCAACAGAAAACGGGCAUUCAUCUGCUGAGGGAGGAGGUCUCCCGAGUGCUCAGGCACUACUACACGGUGUCCGAGACCGAGUCCAUAGUCAACGAGCUGAUAAAGGACUUGAAAAACAAAGUGAAUAAUCUUAGUUACGAUGAUCUAGAGAGACUAGCCACUGCGUUACUCCAGGACCAAGAGAACGUAGCUUAAGGAUCGCUCCAAGUUAUUCAACAAUUUUCGCUUAUCGAUUGAUUAUUGUAAUACGAGUUUAUUUAACGAAUCUUAAGCAUUGCCUUAUAUUGUACCCACCCCCUCUAAUCAUUGGUACCGUGUAAUUUAAUGCGCGAUCGAUAAUGACUAAGACUCGAAAACUCAACGUAUUCUCUGCGCUUGAGAUCUAAGGUCAGGAUGUAAUCUUAUGUGGAGUUUAUUAAAAAAAUGUUGUAUGUAUACA